UACCCUACUGUGAUCCUACGGAUAUACCUGUUGACGCCAACAUGCUACAGCCCGAUGUCGUCGACUUUCACUGUAACCAAGGACCCUCUCGUCCUCAUUCUUGACCUUCCUGGCCUUUUCUACUGGUAGUGUGCGGAACCACCCCGCAGGUCUUCCGGCACUGGCUGGCGGCGUGGCGAUGGAAACUGAACAGUUUCCCGAGUCACACCUAAGAAAACACUAGUGUUUUCCGUUGUCAACAGGUUUCUCUGUUUCGUGUCUUUCGUUGUCAAUAGUCUUCUCUGUUUUGUUCGGCUUGCCGCACUUCCGUUUCUAACUACCGCCACAGACAAUUUUAAUCCAGUUCUCCUUCUGGCGCUACUGGCGAUGGCGGCUGCACACUCGGCUGCGGCCUGUCGUUACUCCACGUUCUGGCCUUGUCUCUUGCGGGAGAGACAAAGUGGCACCUCUUCCGUGUCUUUCGUCUAUCCUUCUCAGUUCUUGUCGCUAUCUCUUCUCGUAAUUCUCACGGGCAGUUUCGCGCAGCAGUCGGCAGGAAACCAGGCAAACUCACAGUCUGUAACAUGCGAGAGUAAUGCAUCGCCUUUGGUCUUAAGAAUCACAAGCAAAACUAACGAGGUGAAAUUCAAAUGUGGCACAGAUUUGCAGCUGAGGGAAAAUCCAGCAGGCUCUAACAAAUUUUGGGGAAAUGCCGCCUGCACUAAGGAAGUCGAUGCGUCGUCCGUCACUUUCACGUCAUCACCCUCUCCCGCUAAGGUGGCCGGAAAUAAAGGCACAGAAUACAGCCUCGCACUGAAGAACAGCAGCCUGCCACUGAGUCCCUUUACAGUCUACUUUUCGUGUGACCCGCCAUCUACAACAGGCGUUGGAGAAACUGGUAAAGCAAAAGUACCUGCUUCUGCAACGACCUGCAUAGUUCAGGUGUCCGUGUUCUCCCAAACAGCUGUGACUGUCCCCGAAACAAAUAAAUGCAAGAACGGACAGGUCACUGUAGCGGUCACCUCCAAGAGCAAGUCUGUCACUUUCGGAUGUAGCGAAGGCGCCACCCUGAAGCCCGCUCUCCUCGACCAUGUUUUCAUUGAGAAAGCAACUGAGAAGAGUGGUGGCGCAUCAACUGGCAGAGAGGAGGAGGUUGUCUUGCAGGACCUCGUUCCAAAUAGUAGUUUGGUUGAGAAUGCAGCUAAUACCGGAAAUGACACAGUUGGCUAUACGCUGUCCUGCCCAGAUUUGCCUUCGUCUCCCCAAAACAUCUUUUACAAAUGUGUCUCACCAGCGUCGGCGCGCGAACAGGUGGGAACACAAACAGAAUGCAAAGUCCUUAUCAAUAUUGAAGAGAAACCCGAGGCUGAAACGCCUGCGACGCCUGAACCUUCCAGAGGGGAACAAGGAGUCGUUCUGGGCAGUGCCUUUAUGAUUGCGUUCAUUUCUUGUUUUGCGUUGGUGGCAGGGAAUAUGUUCUAAGUGCUCUUGUCGCCAUCCCGUCUCCGGUCUGACACUUUGUUGUACUGUAAGGGGGUAAAAGAUGUUUCUUUUUUCAGGCAGAUUUCUCCGUCGAAGAAGGGACCGAACCUGUUCGAAGCAAAGUUCCUCUCGUGUGCAUUCGGGAAAAAUGUGGUAGUUCUAUGGCAGUUGCGUUGAUUCGCUAUCUGUAUUAACUAGUAUACUGUAGAAAUAUGGACAGAUACAUAUUCACACAGAAAACAGUGUUGAUAGUGAACCUUGCGCUUAGCUUGGGGCGUUCGAGGUGUAACACGCUUCGGCGUGGGUUCCCUUUUGCUUUGACCAAAUUGGGGAAUCUCAGUUCCCAUAUCCCGUCGCUGCCGGGCACCCUCGUUGAAACAAUUCUGCGUUGGUUUUUGUGCCGUCUUACAACAGCUCGUACGCCGAGCGAUUCCAGAUACUGACGAUUGAGUACUAGCUCAAAAUCCUGAAGAAGGGGACUUGGGAUAACUCGAAUGUAUCUUUCAAACAUGCUUUUCUGGAGCCUCGUGACGAUGGCAGAGCUCGUGGAGUGCCAGAUAAAUUUGUCAUCUCAUACGUUCCGUGCUUGGGGUUGUUUGACACUGAGGCAUACCGUUGCGACGCAUGUUCCCCGAUGACAAAGCCUGUUGAUCACAUUGAAGGAGAGUUGGUAAUGAUUACA